AUGGGUAACGAAACCAACACAGUCACUUUAAGGAAGCAACAGACCGGCUCUGUCCGCGUAAUACCUAAUCAAGAAUCGAAACGAGAUCUUCGCAAAGGAAUUUGGCAGUUGGCUCGGUUGCACACAAAGGAAGCAUGGCUGUGCUGGUACCCAGCUGUAUGGGGAUUAUGUCUUUCAGCCGGCACACAAGAUAUCCGCCUUGGUAUUCUACAGAUGGCGCGGAUACUCUUCGGUAUCUGGAGCAGCGUGACAGUAACACACUGCGCUUUCUGCACCUGGGAUGAUAUCUGCGACGUCGAGUUCGAUAAGCAGGUCGAGCGCUGUAAAGUACGCCCUCUACCAGCUGGUAUGUUGACCGUCGGAGAAGCCUAUGUUGCAUUGCUAGCGUGGCUGCCGGUGGUAUUCGGUGUGACAUACCUUACCCUCGGAGAGGCCGGUGUAUGGACCUUCGCUCCUGUGUGGGUUCUCAGUAUGAUAUACCCUUUCAUGAAGCGGAUAACUUCUUUCCCACAAAUCGUGCUUGGUGCCAUCAUUGGCGCGGCCGUGUUUCCGGGGUGGGCCUCUGUCACCGGCGAUUUGACCACGCUCAGCCAAGGAUUGCCCCUGUUUUUUGCUACGGCAAGCUGGGUUGUUUACUUUGAUCUCUUCUAUGCUGAACAAGAUCGUCCGGACGACAUCAAAGCCGGUGUCAAGUCCCUUGCAGUGUUGCUUGGAGAACAUGUCCACUUCUUCCUAGCUUUCUUGGGUCUUCUCCAGAUUGCCUUCUUCACCCUGACCGGAUUGAGGGCGCAGAUGUCGCCUGUCUUCUGGUUUCUUGGCUUGGGUGUUUGGGCAGUGAAUGUAAUCUGGCACGUGGCCUCGUUGGACCUCAACGACCGCAAAUCGGGCGGGAAGAUUUUCAAGGCAAACAUCAUGUUGGGGCUUUACAUGACAGGAAUUUCCGUGCUUGAGCUAGCUGUCUCAAGGCUCUCCAUUUCGGACCUAGGGUAUAUUGGCGAGUCCCUGAUCGGCAUGCAUGUGUCGUGA